AUGGGCUGGCGGCUGCUGCCCGCGAUGCUGCUGGCCCUGGCGCUGGGCGGCCGCGCCGCCUCCGCGCAGAACGAGACCGAGCCCAUCGUCCUGGAGGGCAAGUGCCUGGUGGUCUGCGACUCCAACCCGGCCCCCGACGCCAAGGGCGCGUCCUCCUCGCCGCUCGGCAUCUCCGUGCGGGCGGCCAACUCCAAGGUGGCUUUCUCGGCCGUGCGGAGCACCAACCACGAGCCCUCCGAGAUGAGCAACAAGACGCGCAUCAUCUACUUCGACCAGAUCCUGGUAAAUGUGGGCAAUUUUUUCACCUUGGAGUCCGUCUUUGUSUCACCAAGGAAAGGAAUUUACAGUUUCAAUUUUCACGUCAUUAAAGUCUACCAGAGUCAAACAAUUCAGGUGAAUUUGAUGCUGAACGGGAAGCCCGUGAUYUCUGCCUUUGCUGGGGACAAGGACGUCACCCGUGAAGCCGCCACCAACGGGGUCCUGCUCUACCUGGACAAGGAGGACAAGGUGUACCUGAAGCUGGAGAAAGGGAACCUGGUGGGAGGAUGGCAGUACUCGACAUUUUCUGGSUUCCUGGUGUUCCCCCUGUGA